AUGCAAAACAUCAAACAGGUAGUGAGCUUGACCUUCAUAGCUUGGAUAAGUACUACUUCGGCAUUACCCGCUUUGCCUUAUCUAUCUUCUCAUGCCAUCAGAGCCUAUGAAGCUGGCCAGCAAGUCAGGAGCUCGUUGUUAGAAACCAGGCAGAAUCCGCAAACAGGCUUACCAGAUUCAGUCACCGACACAGACAUAUUAGAGUUUGCGUUAACCUUAGAAAAUCUCGAGACAGCCUUUUACCAGCAGGGCUUUGCAAAAUUCCCAGACUCAGACUUUGCCGCAUUGGGCCUUCAGCAGGCAGAUAUCGCGAACUUAAAGUCAAUUGGCGGUACCGAGGCAACCCAUGUCACGACCCUCGCAGCCGCCAUAGCUGGUACAGGGGCAGCACCAGUUCAGCCGUGUACCUAUGACUUCAAAUUUACGAAUGCGGCUGGUAUGGUGGCUACCGCAGGAGUGUUGGAGAACGUGGGUGUUUCAGCUUACCUAGCUGCAGCACCCCUUGUAAAAUCCCCGGCUAUUCUUACCGUCGCUGCGGAGAUUGUCACUGUCGAGGCCCGCCAUCAAACAUUUAUCCGCACAGCCUCCAAAGCAGCUGCGAUACCUGGUGCCUUUGAUACACCUCUUGGGAUUCGUGCUGUCUUCUCUAUUGCGGCGAACUUUAUCCAAUCAUGUCCAAAUGGCUCAAACUUAGCCAUCACACCAUUCCCAGAGCUAACCAUGUCUCCAACGCAAAGCAUGACAAAGUUGGUUGGCGGCACGGAAGUCAGGAUGGAGUCUCCUGCGGCAAUGAGCGCCACAAGUUGUGCUUUUGUAAACGGCGGUCAAACUGGUGGAAGUUCCUUUACACCGUUCCAGAAUGGAGCAUGCGUCGUUCCUAUGGGUCUGACGGGUAUUACAUAUGUCCACCUAGCAAGCUCGACACCGGCAGAUGGUAUGCUGACAGAUUCAAUAACUGUAGCUGGACCAAUGGUGAUGACUGUUAAUUAG